AUGGGCCCCGCGCCCCCCUCUGCCGGCUACAGCCCCGGGGGAAACGCAAUAAGCCCCAGGCGGCUUGCAAACGCUUUGCCAUUUGCUCCGCUCUGCGCAGCCGCGGGCCGGGCCCGCCUCCUCCUAGGGCACGAGCCCUGCCCGGAGUGGGCGGGGCUGCAGGCGCGCGCCCGGCCCGGAAGCAGGAGGCGGAGGCACGCAGGCGCCGUUCCAAACCACGUCGCCGAACGCCUGGCUUUUUACGAAAAACUAAAAGUAGCUGCAGAGGGGAAACUUGCCCAGAGAGUCUCCAAAGACAGCCGGCCGAUCCGGAUCUCCCUGCCCGAUGGCAGAGCUGUGGAGGGGGAGGCCUGGAAGACCACGCCAUAUCAGGUGGCCCUGCGGACGAGCCAGAGCCUGGCCAAGGCAGCUGUGACUGCACGCGUCAACGGGAACCUCCAUGACCUGGAUCGCCCACUGGAGGGGGAUGCCGAGUUGGAAUUUGUGGAUUUUGAGUCCCAGGAUGGGCAAACUCUCUUCUGGCACUCCAGCGCCCACGUCCUGGGAUGGGCCGCCGAGCAGUUCUAUGGGGCCUUCCUUUGCCAUGGGCCCAGCACCGAGAACGGCUUUUUCUACGAUAUGUACUUGGAUGAGCAAAGGAGCGUGCAGGAGAAAGACCUGCCGGUGCUGGAAGAGCUCUGCAAGGGCAUCGUGGAAGAGAAGCACCCUUUCGAGAGGCUGGAGGUGUCCCGGGAGGAGCUGAAGGAGCUGUUCAAGCACAACAAAUUCAAACUGCACAUCAUCGACCAGAAGGUGACGUCUCCAACAGCCACGGUAUACAGGUGCGGGACCUUAAUCGACCUGUGUCGCGGCCCCCACGUCAGGCAUACGGGCACGAUCCGGGCGCUGAAGCUCCUGAAGAAAACCUCUACCUCCUGGCGAGGAGACCCUUCUGCGGAGACCUUGCAGCGCAUCUACGGCAUCUCCUUCCCCAGCACCAAGCAGCUGUCCACGUGGGAACAAGCCCAAGAGGAGGCCGCGCGGCGGGACCAUCGGCGGAUCGGCAAGGACCAAGAGCUGUUCUUCUUCCACGAGUUGAGCCCCGGAAGCUGCUUCUUCCUUCCUAAGGGAGCCCACAUCUACACUACCCUCAUGGACUUCAUUAAGAGCGAGUAUCUGAAGCGUGGCUUUCACGAAGUCAUCACGCCCAAUAUCUACAACGUGAAGCUGUGGGAGGCCUCUGGGCACUGGCAGCACUACGCAGAGAACAUGUUUUCCUUCCGGGUCAACAAUGAGACGCUGGCCCUGAAGCCAAUGAACUGCCCCGGACACUGCCUGAUGUUUGGCCAUCGCCCACGAUCCUGGCGAGAGCUGCCCCUCCGGCUGGCCGACUUUGGGGUCUUGCAUCGAAACGAGCCCUCGGGAUCCCUGACAGGGCUGACCCGAGUGCGCCGGUUCCAGCAGGACGAUGCCCACAUCUUCUGUGCCAUGGAUCAGCUGGAAGGAGAGAUCCGCGGUUGCUUGGAGUUCCUGCAGGCCGUCUAUUCUGUUUUUGGAUUUGCGUUACACUUCUACCUCGCCACCCGGCCUGAGAACUUUCUCGGGGACUCUAAUCUUUGGGAUCAGGCGGAGCAGGUGCUGGAGAAAAGCCUCCAGGACUUCAGCCAGCCUUGGGAGCUGAGCCCCGGGGAAGGGGCUUUCUACGGGCCAAAGGUGGAUGUUCAGAUCAAAGACGCUCUGGGACGGUACCACCAAUGCGGCACCAUUCAGCUGGACUUCCAGAUGCCCCUUCGCUUUGCUCUCUCUUUCACCAGCAAAGAUGGCGGAGCGCCCGAGAGGCCGGUGAUGAUCCACCGGGCGGUCCUGGGCUCCGUCGAGAGGAUGCUGGCGGUCCUGGCGGAGAACUACGGCGGGAAGUGGCCCUUCUGGUUGUCCCCGUCCCAGAUUGUGGUGAUCCCCGUGGGCCCAGACGCGGAGGGCUACGCGCACGAGGUCCACCAGUUCUUUCGGCAGGCGGGAUUCAUGGCAGACGUGGACGACGACUUCGGGUCGACCCUCAACCGCAAGGUCCGGAAAGCUCAGCUGGCCCAGUACAACUUCCAGUUUGUGGUCGGCCGCCAGGAGAUGUCCAAGCGCACCGUGAACGUCCGUAGCCGCGACACCCGCCAGCACGGCCAGCGGGAGCUGCAGGAGGCUCUGGGCAGGCUCCGGGAGCUGCAGGACUCUCGGGCCAGGAACGCAGAGGAGAUCUUCUGAGCAGGGCGGGCUUGCCGUGGACUGCUUGGGCGAGCACAGAGCCCCCCAUCCUGGGCACAAUGAAGGGGGCAGCAGAGCCGCACGGUGAAGACGGCUGCAGCAGACGGGAGCCUGGACUCCUCCGUGCCCCCUCGCUGACCCCUUCAGUCAAUCUGGAGUCGUCUGGGCCCCAGCCCAGGCCACACACCGAGUCCCACCCUGCCUGCUCCGUUCCCCUUGGAAUUCUUGAGCAGGGCGAGCAGAUGGAGGGGCCUACUGGGCAAACACUGGGGGUGGGGCAGGGAAUCCCCCGCCUCCUUUAUGGAAGGGGGAGGUGGGUCGUUUCCUCCUUGUCCCAGCCAGCUUUAGUUGCUCCUGGAGACCUGUAAUUAAAACAUUUCUCUUGAGAAGCCGCAACUCGUCUUGCAUCAGUCGGCUGAACGGGGGUGGUCUUCUGUUUGGGGGGAGCUGCAGAUUGCUUGGCCAGGUUAGGAUGGGGGUAAACCAUUGCUUUUUUGCCGGGGGGGAGUUGGGGGGGGGGUCCCUUUGAUUCUUUGAUCACUGCUUUUUGUUCAUUGCCGAGUUGAUUGAUUAAAAAGGAGAGGAGAUGAUGAUGAUGA